AUGGCUAAAACGCAGCUAAUAUCUGCCAUGCUCAAUGAUGCUAAAAUUGCUACUUCAGAUAAUAAGAAUGAUACAUUUGAAGCGCAACUAAUCAAUGUUACGUGCCACGCUCAAUGGUAUUUAAAGUUGCUACUUCAGGCAAAGGACGUUAAAAUCAGGGAUUUAGUUUCAGUUAGGUGCAACUUUAGUGUUAGGCGUCUGGAGUAG